GAGUUAGAGUCGUACGAACAGAUAUUGAGGCUUGAUGGGGUUCUGGGCGCACAAAGAAGGUUCAACGACCGACCCUCACUGCACAACCGAGCCCCUCUCGCACUCAGUGUCGUUUAUGUACACGAUACACGCAAGCGCACGGACACAGUUUCGAUGGUUUUCAAGUGUACUUGGCCAGGUUGCACCGAAAUACGUACAACAUGUCCCCAGAUUGAGAAACACGUCCGCCAGACACAUCUUGGCCCGAAAAAAGUCCAGGAUGACGACGAUGAAGACGAAGCUUUGUCAGAUCAUGAGGAAGAGUUUUAUUACCAGGAAAUCGCGGUUAAUCACAUGAGCUCACCACCUACAAUGUCCCACCGCGACAUGGCCCGUCCUCCCCACGAGGAUCCAGAGUACCAGAAACAACUUCGUUUGGAAGUUAAACAACCACCUGCGGUGGUUGUUCCUACUAAUAAUUCUACUGGACAAAUUGCCAAGGAUCGAUUCUUCAAUUUUAGAAUUUCACCGAUUCGUCCUCGUUCACCGGCGACGCCGAUAAAGUCGAUGAAACAAGCUAGACAAUUGAACCACCAGAACAUGAACAUUGUCACUGCAGUGACGGCUACUCUAGGAAAAACUCCGCUGAACUCGAUGCCGCGUCGGGCUAGAGGAGAUACCAAGAAAUGUCGGAAGGUCUACGGGAUGGAGAACCGCGAACAAUGGUGCACUCAGUGCAAGUGGAAAAAAGCCUGCAACAGGUUCAUCGCGAACGCAUGAGACAGGCUGUCCAGGCCCCGGCGUCUUCGUAGAUCGUAAAUUAAUUAAGGAUCUAGCUAAUUAUUUUGUUUCGCUGAAGCAUUUUUUGAUGGUACCAAACUUGGUUAGGUUAUUGGCGGGUUAAAAAUCGAGAAAUAUAAA